AUGUGUCAGGUAGAUGUGAGCACCUCCCCACUCAUGCAAAAUUUUCUCUUUCUAGCGCUCUCCAUCUCUAAAUCUCUCUCUAAAUCUCUAAAUCUCUCUAAAUCUCUCAUCUCAUCUCUCUCUCUCUCUCUCUCUCUCUCUCUCUCUCUCUCUCUCUCUCUCUCUCUCUCUCUCUCUGUAGCAUUUAGUUUGUGGCGUUUUGUGCUCAAGGAGACGGUCGGCACGGGUGGCUUUGCCAAGGUGAAGCUCGCGCGCCACCGCAUGACCGGCGAGAAGGUGGCCAUCAAGAUCAUGGACAAGGAGCAACUCAAGAAAACGGACGACCUCAAGCGUGUGGCCCUCGAGGUGCAGGCGCUCUGUGAUCUGCGUCACCAGAACAUCUGCCAACUCUACCAAAUGGUGGAAACCUCAACCCAUUACUACUUGGUGUUAGAGUAUGCCCCGGGUGGCGAAUUGUUCGACUACAUUGUAAGUCGUGAUCGCUGCAAGGAACCGGAAGCUCGCCGAUUCUUCCAACAAAUCCUCAAGGCCGUCCACCAUUGUCACUUGCGAGGCUACGCACAUCGCGAUCUCAAGCCCGAAAAUCUCCUGCUCGACUCGAAACACGUGGGUCUACCUCUCUUGCCCGUAUUGGCACUUUUUGAAUUGGUUGACGACGACCUUCGUCUGAUUGACUCACUGGUGCAUGACUUGACCGUCUACCCAUCGACCUGGCAACUUUUCUUGCCGCUGAACCUGAUUGACUUUGGCUUGGUGGCCCACCCCAACAAACUGCAAACGGAUCUGUUGCGCACCUGCUGCGGCAGCGCUGCCUAUGCCGCGCCAGAGCUCAUUCGGGGCGAAAAGUACCUCGGCGAACCAGCAGACAUGUGGAGCUUGGGCAUCCUCCUCUAUGCACUGCUAAACGGCUUUCUUCCCUUUGAUGAUGAGAACACCCAGCGUCUCUACCGCUUGGUCCAACGCGGCACCUAUGAGAUCCCCCCCUGGCUCUCAUCAGAGAGCCAGGAGUUUAUUGCUGCCCUUCUCAAGUUGAAGCCGGAGGAGCGCCUCACCAUGGAGGAAGCACUGUCUCAUCCCUGGGUCACAAAAGACCUCGAUACCAACCAGCUUGACCCAAGCUCGACGCUCGAGGUAUGUGACGUGGUACCGGCCGCCUGGCUUGGCAUUCCUGCUUUGGCAAUCCUCAUGACGAUUGAAACGCAGCAAUCUUUGGAUGACCAUGUGAUUGAGGAAUUGGCCAAGUACUACGGUAUUUCUAGCGUUGACAUGGAAAACUGGAUCGAAGAGUGGAACUAUGACCAUGUGACCGCCGAGUAUUGCCUCUUGGAGCUUCGUCAUUUGAAAGGCCAUCACAUCCGCCUGCCAACGGAUAAAGGCAAACUGCCUUUGGAAAAAGCCCAACAGCUGCGCAAAGCACGCGCAUCGUUGGGUAGCCAUCGUUCCUCAUUGGAUGUGCCCCUUAGUCGUCAGACGGCCCAAUAUGGCUCGAGCCUGGCCAUUCAUGCCAGCAGUAAUGGCGAUGUGCAGUUUGGCGUGACUUCUGGGCCGUACAUGCACCCGCCCGGCUCUGUGGAAAACCUCACUUCGGGGCAUGAAAACUCGAGUAUGAGCAGUAUGAAUCCGGCCGUCACUCGACUGCAGAUGGAUUCAUCCAAUUUGGCCGCCAUGACCGCCGUGUCAGGCUCACUGAAUCAGCUCAAUCUAUCUCGCAGCGAUGAGGAAGCAUUGAAAAGACACAAUUCUGGGCCGAUCAUGUCUCCACGCAAACAGACUUCAUCACAUGCGAGCUCGCAUGAGCGCCCCUCAUUGAAUGAGAGUGCGCUUCGUCAGCAAAUGACCCAACAAGUCAAUGUAGACGAGGAGGCUCCCGCAGCACCGGCCGAGCGACGACGCACGAGCUGGUUUGUGCGAAGCUUAGCCAACAUCUUUGGCAGUUCACAAAAGUUGUCCGGGCCACGUGUUCUCAGCCAAGCCAAAAGCAACACGGUCGACAACGUGUCCACGGCACCUGCUGAGCAGGUCUAUGACCGCAUCCAAGAUGCCUGUGCAGCUCUAGGACUCGAGUGCAAAGAGCAGCGACCCUUUUUGUUGCGCGCCAACACCACAGACAAGGCCGUAGCCUUUAAUGUCGAAGUGUGCCAGCUGGCUGAUUCAGAGCUGCGCGUUGUCUGCAUGAAGCGUGUCAAGGGUGAUACUUUUCUGUACCAAAAGGUAUGA